AUGCAGUAUAACAAUUUCAGUUCGGUAACUGAGAUACUUCUCUUGGGAUUUCCGGGAUUUCCAAGUUUAAAGGUUUUCUUUUUCCUUCUGCUGCUAAUAAUCUUCUGUCUGACCCUCUUCGGAAACCUUCUGAUCCUAGUGUUAGUGUCCUACAGCAGCCAGCUCCACUCCCCCAUGUAUUUCUUCCUCACCCAGCUGUCCUCAUCAGACAUCUUACUUACUACAAGCAUUGUUCCAGAAAUGCUCCGUGCUGUAUUGUAUGAAGGAAGCACCAUAUCUUUUAUAGGCUGCUUGGCUCAAUUUUAUGUUUUUACAGCUUCAGAGACUUUAGAGUCUCUUUUCCUUACAGUGAUGUCCUAUGAUAGAUACCAGGCCAUUUGUAACCCCUUACGUUAUGCAUCUAUAAUGGACUGGACAUUUUGCUUUAAUGUUGUUCUGUGCUCUUGGCUGUUUGUCUGUGCCAUAAUACUAAUGAUUUCAAUAACAAUGAAUCAGUUGAAUUUCUGUGGCCCGAACAUCAUUGACCAUUUCUUCUGUGAUUUUGCUCCUCUCCUUAAACUAUCUUGUUCAAACACUUUAAUAAUAGAAAUUGAAAGUAUUUUUCUAACCAUACCUGUACUUAUAGGUCCAUUUACUACUAUAAUGAUUUCAUACGUGCGUAUUGUGUUCACUAUCUUAAAGAUACCUUCUGCUACUGGGAGACAGAAGACCUUCUCCACCUGCAGCUCUCACCUGGCUGUGGUAUCUGUUUAUUAUGGGUCCCUUCUGAGUAUCUAUUUAUUUCCAAAUCAGAAAUAUAUAAAUAAAGUUCAGUCUCUGUUGUACACCGUUGUUACUCCCCUGUUUAAUCCCAUAAUAUACAGCCUGAGGAACAAGGAUAUUAAGAAGUCUUUCAAAAAACUCUUGGGUAAUUUAUCCGCUACCUUCCACUCAUGA